GGGCAGUAUAUAACAUGGGGCAGCAUGCCUCUAACAACAAGUAUCUGGACGUCUGGGUGCAGGGUAGAAGGAAAAAGGUGUUGCCAGUACAUUUAGACGGCAAGCACUGUGAAAAAGUUAGACAGAAACACAAAUAAUGAUGCAGUUUUGCCUGUUACUGUUUCUAGCCAGUUCCACGGUCGUUAUUUCUCUGGAAAACUUUGGUCGAGAAGAUAUCCUCACACUGCCUUCCGAAAGCCUUACAACAGAACCAAGUCCUACAGAGGCAAAGUCUCGCUUUGCCAUGCUCGAUGAUGUUCGUCUACUUGCAAAUGGACUCCUUCAGCUGGGGCAGAGCUUACGGGAGUUUGUGCAGAAGACCAAGAACCAAAUCAAUGACAUUUUCCAAAAACUGAAUAUUUUUGACCGGUCCUUUUACCAGCUUUCAGUGGUCACAUCAGAGAUCAAGGAGGAAGAAGAGGAGCUGAAGAAGACAACCACUGUCUUGCAAGCCAACAAUGAUGAAAUCAAGAACAUGUCUUUGGAAAUCAACUCUAAGAUCAACAACAUUGUGCAGGAACGUGCACAGCUGCAGACUAAGGUGGGAAAUCUUGAGGAGAGACUAAAGGGACUGUCCCAGAGCAUGGUCCCUGUUGACCAGUUCAAAGAAAUUACAGCACUCAAAGAUGUGAUUGAAACUCAGGAGAAAACAAUCACAAGUCUACUGAAAGCUGUGCAGGACCAGCAUGACCAGCUCGAUCAGCAAAAAAUCAAAAUUAAGAAUAUGGAGGAGAAGCUCAACUACCACAGUUUCCAAGACACGGUUGAUAAGCCAGUAGAUUCAGAGACUACAGCUCCAGAUGUGUUUGAGUAUCUGACAAACUCGACUGAUUUGGAUGAAAAUGAUCUCCCAGUUGACUGCAGUGAGUUAUUUGAAAGAAAAGAGAGCAGGAGCGGAAUCUACAUCAUCAAGCCAAAACAAUCUGAGCCUUUCAACGUUUACUGUGAAAUGGGGUCAGACGGAGGUUCAACUGUGAUCCAACGCAGGGUUGAUGGUUCAGUGGACUUUGACCAAACAUGGGAAAAGUAUGAAAAGGGCUUUGGAGAUCUGGAAAAGGACUUCUGGUUGGGUCUAAGAAAAAUCCACAGCCUUACACACCAAGGAGUGUACAUCUUAAGAACUGAUCUGGAGGACUGGAAGGAGGAUAAGCACUGGGCUGAGUACCACUUCUCUCUAGAUGGUCCCUCUGAGCACUACACCCUCCAUCUUAGCCACUUUACCGGUGACCUGGUUGAUGCCAUGGCCAACAGUUCCAGUAUGAACUUCUUCACAAAAGACAGAAUUAGCGGCAACCAACAAAACUCUAACUGUACACGUAGUUAUACAGGUGGUUGGUGGUUCACUGGGUGCGGAGAGAACAACCUCAAUGGAAGGUACGUAUGGGUCAGAGUAAAGGGUAAUUCUGUGAAGAGGAGGAGUCUCCAGUGGAAACCUGGCAACGGGUCAGCAUAUUCCCUCAAGAGGACCAAGCUCUCCAUAAAACCAGUCACAACUGCAAAAGGUUUUAAUUGAAGUCUACAUCCCAUGUGGUUUAUUCAUUCAUCAUCAUAUUCACCAAUAACACCAAUACAGUAUACAGCACUCAAGCAAAAGGGGAAAGCUCUAAAAGACAAUAUGUCAAUAUGUCAAUAACCACCAAUAGCCACCGCAUUUUUGAUGUUGUGUUAAGCUGUAUUUUCCAUACCAACAUUUUGGGAGAUGCUGUUGUAGCACAACUAAAACAGUACAAGUCACAAUAUAUAGCACUGCUAUGGAGAAAUGAUGGAACAAUGCCAGACGGGUCAUCAACCUAAUCGGUCGAUCCAGUUAGGCCAAUAGAAUUGUCUGCACGCAAUAUCAGCAGUCACUUUCAACAUGGAGAGAUUGAUUAACCGUGCUGUGUGCAAUGUCAUGAUAAAGCAGCAGAUGGCAAAACAACAAGGAGCGAAUGGAAAUCAAUUCUCAAAGUUGCCUUGCUUGGCUUCAGUGGACAUGAAUGUGUCUAGUUGAUUUUGUCAUGCUCUAGCAGUUUAAGACACAAACCAAAAAAGGUAAAGACAAGUCAAGGAAAGAAUAAAAGACAAAACACUUUCACUUUGCACUGUGUUUAAAAAUACCGUAGACAGACAACAUAUUGACCCCCAGCAAUAGCAUAAUCAGAAGCAGGUUUAUUUGCCAUAUAUGUCGCUACACUAGGAAUGUGACUCCGGUCUAACAUCAAUCUCUGUUACAAAAUAAUCAAAAACUUAUAGGAAAAAGCAUAGACAGAAGUAGAAAAACAACAUAACAUAUUUAUAUGUAUGUAUGUACAGUAUGCAUGUAUGUAUGGUAAUUACAGCGUUACAGAUUACAAAUUACAAGUAUGCUUCUACAACGAUAUGAUGUGCAAAUGUGCAUGGGUGUGAAUAACAGUGAAUAAUACAAUGUACGGUAUGUGGAUAAAUACUUCAUGUGUGGGGUGGGGGGAUACAGGAGUUAACAAAACAAAACACCCUGCCUAAAUAUUAAAUUGUACUUUGUUUUGGUAGUGAAAUGCAUUGUGAAGUGCUUUUUUUAUGAUGUGUUAUCCUUUUUUUACUCAGUGAAAUAUUUAAAUCAUGCAUCUGCAAUUGUGGUAUGUAUUAUGGUAAGACAGACAUACUUUCAUAAUGUCUGUGUAUCCCGGUUUUAUUGAGUCAUAUUGACUGUUCAUUGGAAACAAAUGACUUGUAAAUGUUUUUCAUUAUCACAUUUCAUACACCCUGACAAUGUAGGUUUUUCAAACACCAUGGUUUUUCAAACAACUCAUAAAGAAAGAA